AUGGACAGAGCACCUCGAGCCAUCUUCUUCUUGUUACUCAUUGUCGAUUUUGGCGUAGCUCAAAAUACUACCAGCAAAGCUGAUGAAUUCCAUGUUGGAGUAAUCCUCAAUCUGGGCUCACUGGUGGGGAAGGUUGCACGAACAAGUGUUUUAUUGGCUGCCGAAGAUUUCUAUGCAGCCCAUCCAAACUACAGCACAAAGCUUGUUCUCCACAUUAGGGAUUCCAUGGCCAGCGAUGUCCAGGCUGCAUCAACAGCUAUUGAAUUACUGGAGAAUUAUAAAGUUCAAGCCAUAAUUGGUCCCCAGAAGUCAUCAGAAGCUGUAUUCAUAUCCAAACUUGGAAAUAUAACCCAAGUCCCCACAGUAUCCUUCACAGCAACAAGCUCCUCUCUCACUUCUGACAGUAUGCCAUAUUUUGUGCGUGCCACAAUGAAUGACUCAGCUCAGGUGAAAAGCAUUGCGUCGCUUAUACAAGAAUAUGGAUGGAGAGAAGUAGUGCUAGUAUAUGAUGACACUGACUAUGGGAGAGGCAUUCUACCAUACCUCAAUGAUGCACUUCAAGAAAUUGAUAUACGUGUUCCAUAUCGCAGUGUUAUCCCUUUGUCAGCAACAAGUGAAAGCAUUAUGCAAGAACUCUAUAAGUUGAUGAAAAUGCAAACAAGGGUAUUUAUUGUUCAUAUGUCAACCACUAUGACUUCCCUUCUCUUUACAAAGGCAAAAGAGGUAGGGAUGAUGAACAAAGGAUUUGUGUGGAUUAUCACAGAUGGAGUAGCAAACAUCCUCGACUCACUAAAUCCGAGUGUUAUUGAGGCAAUGAAUGGUGUACUAGGAGUAAGGUAUCAUGUCCCUAAAUCGCAAGAACUUGAUAACCUCUCCAUAAGAUGGAGCAGGAUGUACCAACGGGAUAACCCAGAUGAAUCACCCUUUAACAAGUUAAGCAUUGUUGGUUUAUGGGGAUAUGAUGCGGUAUGGGCAUUAGCACGGGCUGCGGAAAGGGUUGGGAUAUCCAGUACAAGAAAUAAGCAGACAUGGUCUAGUAAAAACUCCACAUGCUUGCAAUCUAUGGCUAUUUCGACAAAUGGUCAUGAACUCUUAACAGCAAUUGUCCAAAACAAGUUCAGAGGUUUAAGUGGUGACUUUGACCUAACAGACAGACAGCAGCUUAAAGUUUCUAUGUUCCAAAUAAUCAAUGUGGUUGGGAGAGGUUGGAGAGAAAUAGGGUUUUGGACUGUGGAAAGUGGACUUUCACGUCAGUUAAAUCAAAAUGGCUUGAAAAUAACAGGAUCAGCAUCAAUGCCUGAUCUAAAUCCUGUAAUUUGGCCAGGAGAGUCAACCGACAUACCAAGGGGCUGGGAAAUUCCUAGAACUGGUAAGAAGCUUAGAGUCGGUGUGCUCACAAGUGGCUAUCCAGAGUUUAUAAAAACACUAAGAGAUCCUGUCACAAAUAAAACAAGAGCGAGCGGCCUUUCAAUUGACAUAUUCGAGGAGGCAGUGAAGAGGUUACCUUUUGCAAUUACUUAUGAUUAUGUACCAUUUGGCACAGCUGAUACAGCAAGUUCGGGGAGCUACAAUGAUUUUGUUUACCAAGUCUAUGUUCAGAAAAUUGACAUAGCAGUUGGGGACAUAACUGUAAGAUACAAUAGAACAUUGUAUGUCGACUUCACUAUACCAUACACAGAAUCAGGAGUAGGGAUGAUUGUUCCAGUAAGGGAAGACAUGAUCAACAAUAUGUGGAUUUUCUUGAAACCAUUAAGCACUGGAAUGUGGUUUGGCAGCAUCAUAUUAUUUAUAUACACAGGACUUGUUGUUUGGCUGCUGGAGUAUCUAAAUGGAAAUGAACAUGUGCAUGGUCCCUUUUCACUCAAACAGCUGGGGAUUACAAUGUUUUUCUCCAUUCUUGAAGAGAAGGAGAAGCUGGAACGGUUUCUAUCUAGAAUUGUUCUACUUGUAUGGAUGUUUGUUCUUCUGGUGCUUACAUCAAGUUAUACAGCAAGCUUUGCAUCAAUGCUAACUGUGCAGAAGCUUUCACCGACUGUAACUGAUUUUCAUGAACUCCAGAAGAAAGGAGAAUAUGUAGGGUUCCACCGUGGUUCCUAUAUAGAGGGUCUACUGGUAGAUAUUGGUUUUGAAAUAUCAAAGAUCAGGCCCUAUGAUACACCUGACGACUUCUAUUGUGCUCUUUCUAAAGGAAGCAAAAAUGGUGGCAUUGCUGCGCUUGUACAUGAAGUCCCGUACAUCAAAUUGUUUCUUGCAAAUUACAGCAAAGGUUACACAAUGGUGGGGCCUAUUUACAAGAGUGCGGGAUUUGCAUUUGCCCUUCCCAAGAAAUCUCCACUACGUGCUGAAUUAUCAAGGGCAAUAUUGAACAUCACAGGAGGAGAUAGUAUCAUUGACAUUGAAAAGAAAUGGAUAAAUAAAAAGAGCCAUCAAAAUGAGGAUAAAAUUGAUGAUUCAAGCGCUAUCACUUUUGGAAGUUUUGGUGGAUUGUUCCUCUUAACAGGGAUCGUGACAACCUUUUCCCUUUCUGUAGCCGUGCUGAUGAACCACCACAAAAAAUAUCAACAAAAUACAGGGGGCAAAGGAAAUGAUCAAAAUGAAUGUGCACAUGGGCAACAAGGAGAAGAUGGAGUUUCACUAGGAGAACAAGCUGACCAAAAUAGCGAUGAACAAGAAAAAUGCCGCGAUACAGGGAACGAACCAACAUUUGCAGUGCCUCACAGUUCAAACACAAACAGCGAUCAGCUACCAGACAGUAAGAACAAAAAUAUAGGUUGCAGAAGCACAGAAAAUAGGAUAGCGCCUGAGGUCUGGUCGGUUGGUAAUCCAGUCAAUUGA